AAAACAAAAACAAAAAAAGCAAAAGAAUGGCUUUGUUCAUUGCCAGUACUGUUGCAAUUAUUUCUGCUGUGUGCUUCUUCUUCUUCUUCUUCAUCACUGCAGCAGCAUUACUAAAAUGGAAUGAAAGCUUUAGGUUUAGGAAGCACAAAAGGCUCCCCCCUGGCACUAUGGGUUGGCCUCUUUUUGGUGAGACAUCUGAGUUUCUUAAACUUGGCCCCAUCUUCAUGAUGAACCAGAAAUCCAGGCAUGGUGCAUUUUUCAAGUCACACAUAUUGGGGUGUCCCACAAUAGUGUCAAUGGAACCAGAGGUGAACAGAUACAUACUGGGGAGCGAGGGGAGGGGGGUGGUGCCCGGCUACCCGAAGUCCAUGGUGGACAUUCUGGGCAGGCACAACAUAGCUGCCCUACAUGGCUCAGCCCACAAGCGCAUGAGGGGGGCUUUCCUCUCCUUGGUCUCCCCUCCCAUGAUCAGGCACUCCCUCCUGCCCAAGAUUGACCAGUUCAUGAGGUGCCACGUCAGCUCCUGGGACUCCCACGUCAGCAUCGACAUCCAGGAAAUGACCAACAAGAUGGCAUUUCAUUCAGCUCUGAAGCAAAUUGCAGGCAUUGAAUCAUCUUCAAUGGCCCAAGAAUUCAGUUCUGAGUUCUCAAAGCUUGUGCUGGGAACUCUCUCUCUCCCCGUAAAUCUCCCCGGCACGAAUUACCGUCGCGGGGUCCAGGCGAGAAAGAACAUGGUGAAUUUGCUGGAGAGGUUGAUAGACGAGAGGCGGCGUUCUGGGGAGACGAGAGAGGACAUGUUGGGAUUAUUGUUGGCGAUGAACGACGAGGAAAACCGGUUCCGGUUGAGUGAUGAUGAGAUGGUUGAUCUGAUCAUAACCAUUUUGUACUCUGGAUAUGAAACUGUCUCCACCACUUCUAUGAUGGCUGUCAAGUAUCUCCAUGACCAUCCACAUGCCCUUGAAGAGCUAAGGACAGAGCAUUUCGCGAUACGUGAAAAGAAAGGACCGAAUGACCCCAUUGACUACGAUGAUUACAAAAUGAUGCAAUUCACCCGAGCUGUGAUCUUUGAGACUUCUCGGCUAGCCACAAUAGUAAACGGAGUCUUGAGGAAGACAACUAGGGACAUGGAACUUAACGGUUAUUUUAUACCAAAAGGAUGGAGAAUAUAUGUGUAUACAAGAGAGGUUAAUUAUGAUCCUCAGCUUUACCCGGAUCCAUACACUUUUAAUCCAUGGAGAUGGAUGGAAAAAGGAUUAGAGAGCCAAAAUAACUUUCUUUUGUUUGGAGGAGGAACUAGGCAUUGUCCUGGAAAGGAACUUGGAAUUGCUGAAAUAUCCACUUUCCUUCACUACUUUGUUACUAGAUAUAGAUGGGAAGAAGUGGGGGGAGACAAGCUAAUGAAGUUUCCAAGAGUUGAAGCACCAAAUGGACUACACAUAAGGGUUUCAGCAUACCAUUAAUAUAUAUGUGCUUGUGACUUUUUUGCUAAUGACUAAUUUAGUAAUUUCUAAAUUUGAAGUCUGAGUUGUUUUCUUUUUUUGAAAGAGAAAUAGGAGUUGUUUGUUUCAAAGAAAAUGAUGCUCCCUAAUCCCUAUAACUCUUAUUUUUCCAUUUCUAUUUUUCUUAUGAGAAUGUAUACCGUAUACCUGACUAUAUAUAGAACUAGGUACACCUGAUAAAUAUUCAUUUUUAAUCAAGUGAAUGUUCAUUU